CAUAGAAACAAAACCAAGGAAAACGCUGGAGGAGACUCACAGAGCUACACACACACACUGCCGUACGCGCACUGCAGAGGAGAGAGCAGGAGGACACGAGCUCCACAGGGGAAUAUGUCCGCUUUCUCACGCGCCGAGGGACGCAGCACGGAUGGACAAGACGCUCUGCAGUCCGCAUCCUGUGUCCAACAAAUCCAACUCUUCCUCGUCGGACCGCGUGAACUCAUCGUCAAGGAAGCCUGGGAAGACUGGCUCUUACAGCCCAGGCUCCAGCUCCCUCGGCGGCCCGGCCGGAGCAGGGGGCGGACAGGGAGCUGUGCUGCUGGGGAACAGCAUGAAUCUGCAGCAGCAGCAGCAGACGAGGAGGAGGCAGAUGGAAGGAGUGCUGAGCAAAUACACUAACCUGAUUCAGGGCUGGCAGAACAGGUACUUUGUGUUGGAUCCAGAGUUAGGACAGCUGCAGUACUUUGUCAACGAGCAGGGAAGGAGCCAGAAGCCCCGUGGGUCCUUGCCCCUGAUUGGUGCCUCCGUAACCCCGAGCGACGAGGCUCCGCACAUGUUCGUCGUAAACUCUGUCAAUGGAGAGCUGUACAAACUCAGAGCAUCUGAUGCCAAGGAGCAGCAGUUUUGGAUCAGUCAGCUCCAAGCAUGUGCCAGACGUCACUCUGACAGCAGUGCCAAGGUGAGGAAACUGAAGGGCUCAGAUGAACACCUGAGUGUGGAAAGAGCUGGAGGAGGCCAGGAGGGGCUGGGCUCCUCGUCCUCUGGUCGGACACGUAGCUUCUCUCUCCUCCCCCACCUAACUCCAUCUUCAUCCCCGGGUUCUCAAAGGCACCUGAGCCACGCGGCCUCACCCGGCAACAUCGUCACCAUCACCCACCACAAGUCUCCGGCUGCCGCCAGGCGGGCCAAGUGUCAGUACCCAGGACGGCUGCUGGAGGUCAAAGAGGUGAUGUCCCAGGCAGAGGGCCAACAGAAGAACCUGGUGCAGUCCAUUGACUCUUUACCUACCAGAGGUCCUCUCUCCUGUCUGGACCAGGACCUUUUGCUACUCAAAGCCACAUCAGCCGCCACACUCAGCUGCCUGGGAGAGUGCCUAAACAUCCUCCAACAGACCCAGAGCCACAACCAGGCACCACAUCACUCUCAGACCUCGGAUUGCAACCUCACAUCCCACGGAGCCCCCUCCGAUGGUGUUCCUGUGUGGACUGUACCAAAGUCGCCCUCAGGGGAGCUGUUGAAGAACGGAGGUCUGACUCCUCUACGAUCAGCCGAGCCCUCCCCGGCCUUCAGGAAAAGGAGUCUGUCCCAUGGUGCUGAGCACCACCCAGGGCUUGAAGACAUCAGCCCCACCGAAGAGGUGACAGAUUCGGAGGAUAAUGAAGAGGAGGACCUGGGUGUCCUGGACGACCAACGGAGCAUCAUCCUCCACCUGCUCUCCCAGCUCAAGCUGGGCAUGGACCUCACACGGGUGGUUCUUCCUACCUUUAUUUUGGAAAAGAGAUCACUUCUAGAGAUGUACGCAAACUUCAUGGCCCACCCUGACAUGUUCCUGUCAAUCACAGCCGGCGCCACCGCCGAGGACAGAAUCGUCCGUUUUGUCGAGUACUACCUGACCUCUUUCCAUGAGGGGCGGAAAGGUGCCGUGGCCAAGAAGCCGUACAACCCGAUACUGGGAGAGAGCUUCCACUGUUCCUGGGAGGUGCCUCGGGACAAAGUCAAACCGUUCGUCAGAUCCAACCAGGGGUCCUCGUGGGAGCCAAGCAGAGGCCCCAACAACGCACAGCAGGGCGACGAUUCACAGGGAGGAUGCUACAGAGUCCGGUUUGUGGCUGAGCAGGUUUCCCAUCAUCCACCAGUGUCAGGUUUUUACUGCGAGUGCCCGGAGAGGAGGAUGUGCGUCAACGCUCAUGUGUGGACCAAAAGCAAGUUCAUGGGGAUGUCUAUAGGAGUGUCCAUGGUGGGAGAAGGCGUCCUCUGCCUCCUGGAGCACGACGAGGAGUACGUCUUCACAUUGCCCUGUGCCUACGCCCGCUCCAUCCUCACUGUGCCCUGGGUGGAGCUGGGGGGCAAAGUCUCCAUCAACUGUGUCAAGAGCGGCUACUCUGCCACAGUCACCUUCCACACCAAGCCAUUCUAUGGAGGGAAGGUACACAGAGUGACAGCAGAGGUCAAACACAACCCGACAAACACCAUCGUCUGCAAAGCUCAGGGCGAGUGGAACGGCACGCUGGAGUUUACCUACAGCAGCGGGGAAACCAAAGUGAUCGACACAACCAAACUCCCGGUCACCAAGAAGAAGCUCCGACCUGUGGACAAACAGUGCAGGACAGAAUCCAGGAGGUUAUGGCAACAUGUCACCAAGUCUCUGAAGGAAGGGAACAUGGAUGAGGCCACGGAACACAAACACAGACUGGAGGAGCGACAGAGAGGAGAAGAGAGACAGAGAGCAGCUGAUAACAAACCCUGGACUCCCAAACACUUCACUAAAGAGGGAGAAGGUUGGACUUAUAACAGCCCACUGUGGAAGUCGACCUGACAGCAGAACAACUCCCUCUUCUCUUGGACAAUAAAUGAGCUCCUGCAUUUCCAUGUGGAGGUCAAGGGUCAGGGAGUCAAGGAAAAGGAGCAGAGUCCUCUGUUGGCCAUUAAACCUGAACUUUAAAGACUACUAGAGUGACAAACAAACAGGAAACUUGCAAGGUGCCAAAGGGAUCUCCACUGUUUUUACCAGGACCAAGUGGUUGGAGCUCUUGGGACAGAUGUAGUUUUUUACAUACAGUUAAUAGUAUUACUAUUAAAAGUAGAGUAUUUCUAUUUUUCACCUUGCCAAGGCCUUUUUUGCACACGCACAGUGAUGACGUUUGCCACAGAUGUUCUGUUUUUUGUUUUCUCUUAUAAAUGUUUGUUUGGUUCCUUGCUUUUAGUUAUAAAUGCAGCGUUAGAAUGAAUCUAAAAGAAGUUUCCUGAUACACAUUAUACUGUAGCUGUAUAUGAGUUGUUUAUAAAAGCACUUUUCCCAUAGAAAUAAAUUAAAUGUUUUAUAUCUAUGGCUUUUAUCAAUCAGGGUGGUCUCUCAGAGCUUACCAAAAAUAAAAACAAAAAAAUAUUAAUAUAAAUCAACAGGUAUAACAUUAUAUUAUGUGUUAGUAUGUAUUAUUAUACAGUACAUAACAGUGAGCUACUAGAAAGUGAUUGUUUUGUCUGCACUAUGAAUGUAUUUGGGCACAUUUACACAUAAUAGGAUGCUAUUUUUCCAUCUUUUACCUUUACUGCUACACAGUGUUUUGCCCUUGUUUUGAAGGUCUCUCCAAAUGCAUAAUUUCAGCCCCUGAGUUAGAUGCAGACCUUUUACAUUUCCAUUACUACCUCUCUUAUUCAGCUACUCCAGCCAUUAGCCACUUAUUAUUCCAUAACAGACAGCAGCAGUUUGUUUGUGGCGAAACCUCCAGUCCUUUAAUCUUUUUUUUUUUUUCUCUUUGUUUUUGUAUUCGUGCCCCUAAGAUGGAACUUGUGUAAUUAGGCAGCCUGUACCUCCUGGAGUUCAUACUUAGGUUGUCAGGUUGCUGUGGUGAUGAAUAUGGAUGAGCAGAGCUUGUAGAAACACACAGCCAUGCUCUCAAACCUGGGGAUCACUGCGAGGUUCUUCUGUGAAGAUGAGUAAUCUACCACAACAGUCGCUGGGGAGUGGGGUAACCAGCCUGUCGGAUAGAAGAGGAAAUGUAUUUUGAAACUCACAUUUUCAUGGCCCAUACCUCACAUACCUUGUGGCCAGUUUUCAAACUGAAAGCUAUAAAUAACAGGUUCUAACAUUUAUCUUCCUCAUACUGUUCUUCUUUUUGCCUUUUGAUUUCUUUGUGGCCUGACUGCCUUUUAUUUCAGUUACUUCCUCACUUCAAUAUUCAAGCAGUAUUUAAGCCAGGUGAAAUUACCAGAUGCCUAUUUGUAGCGAAUGCAUUUACAUGACAGCGUAAAGAACAGACCUGCAACCAUCAAGAGAACCUGUAACCUGCAGCAAACCACUGUUCAUUACUGUUUUAUGACACUUCGCCUUACAUGAAACUUACUGGUUUUGUUUUUUAUAUGCAGAAAGGAUCCACUGAAGUACAUAGUGAUCGUGAUAAAAGAGACUGUCCAUAAAUAAAGACCUUCUACUUUUUUUUAAUGAAACCUUUUAAUGAAUAGCCUGUAUUCAAGUGUUUGAUCAUAUGUGUGUUGUACACUCCCACUUCAUUACACAAUGAGAGAAGACAUGA